AUGGACUUUGGAAGAACAUAGUUUGCUAAAGACGGCAGAAUUGUACUGGCUGUGGCAUAAUUACUCCACUGACACAGGCCCUCGGAAGUUCCGCUAAUGUCUUGUUUGAUAAGGUGUGCUCUAGACCUUUCUAGGUCGGCAACGGUGCGCGAGACAGACAAAAGCUCUACCGCCGCAAUUUCAACAGCGCCGAGAGCUUGAACUCGUACGUCUGCGACUCGAUGUGCAUUGUGGACAGGAUAGAGGCAACCGACCAUGGUCGAAAUCGAAACAACUCGAGGCCGCUGCUCACUCCACGUCAUCCUUGACAUCAUCGGGCUGAUGUCACGCACAGAAAGACAAUGAUAGUAAUCCGAUCCUGAGACCAGGAAUGCGGCACAUCGUAGCCUUUCGUCAUGAGCGUCAGAGAAGCAGAAUUCAUCCGAACUCAUUAUGCAGAAGUCCCUCCUGUGUUAUGCACUCUGCCCGGGCAUCGUGUGCAGGAGUAGGGGGCGCUGCGCGAGCACACAAAGACAGCCAGAUGUUUCCAAUUUGAGCGAGGACUGUGCACAGGUCGGGACGAAUCGAAAAAGCGAUGCGUCUGAAUAUAGAUGCACUGAGCUGUGCCGACUCCGCCGAAUGGGGGGUCCAGCCUCUGAGGACUGGAAUCUCAAGCAAAGAGAAGAUAGAGGUUAGACAAAGCAAGUCAGAGCGAUCCGGAUUAUGUAAAGGACUGACAAUGUGAGACAAAUGGAGAUCGAUUGAGGAGUCGCAUUGAUCCUCGUCCAACGACCUCGAACUGAGUGCCCUUGUGCUUUACGCCAGUGGAUACCGACACACAUUCGCCUUUGAGCUCAGUCAUUUCGAAUCAUUUGAGGUCCAGAAAUCGACAAGUUUGGCCAAGCCCUGUUUCAAAUUGAUGAGGGACAGAGACGGAAAGCGGGAAGGGAGGAUACUGCAAUAGGCAGCCAGGUCGAUGUUGGGCAAGCGACCUCGUAAAAAAUCAUUUUCCAGGCCGGGAGUGACUUGACGAGUCAGUCGUGCACCAUGUCUUGAGACUGUUGUCUGUCUUCCAGGACCCGCCCUUCUCUUCCGCACUUCCAAGACAUGGGAGCCCCAAAGAUUCAGCCAAACCAAGCCGCCAUCCUUCUAUCACGACCAUUAGACACUCGGGCAAUGUCGACACAGUGUAAAGAUGCGACCUGCCCAUGCAUUCCCCUCGAGCGUGUGCUGGCCGCCGCCGCUGCCGCCUACUCUUUGCCGACUCGAAUAGCUCUAUCUCCAGGGACGUCGUUGGUAAGCUCGUAGCUGGUACGCGGGCAGUUCCCUGGGUUUCGAUGGCCAACGAGUCAGUGUUCGAGUCGAGAGUCGAGGAUUCAUCUACACAAUCAUCCAUAAUCGGAACUUCCCCAGUGCAAUCCUGAUGCACACUUGUGGCGAAACUCCAAGAAACCCGCAAUUGCUCAUUGGAAACUUGGGUCGACGUCACCAGCCAGCCUGUCAGGACUGGAUCGAGAUCGGUACCGCCACUUUGUUUUUACUGAUUCCAAAGCGCUAUCAGCCGGGAGAUCGAGACAAACACGAGCGAAACCCACCAGUAGCAACCCAAGUGCGCAUCCGACUGAAGAACCUCGAUCAGUGCCAUCCAACUCCUGAUUGGCCCAAGAUAGUUAUGUGACGCGACAAGCAGAGUUUACGCAUGUGUCAUGCGUUAGCGGAUGAUCAAGUAGUCGUGUCGAACAUAGAGGCCAUUGACGAGAAGGCGUGGCAGUGCGGCCAGAGCCAACACUGCACGUAUUAUCGGUGGCCAGACGGUUGACCAGCCCCGUAUUCGCCAACUCGAGCGAAUCGGCGAAGCAAGCCGGCCCCUUCCGCACGACCGUCCUUCGCAACAAGACUCUAUUGCGUCCACCGCGAAUGUGUUUGAGUCAUGGAGAGAAGCUCUGCGGAUAGAGGAGGCAGGAUUAGCUGAGAAGUGCGGAAUCAUGCGGGGUGUCGCUCAGAACUGCAAUCUCACUCGGUGACGAACUAGCGCUCCGCUCAACUCGAGCGACCUCACUGAGCUGCGCGACCAGAGCAUGCUUGCGCCCGAGUUCAUCCUCCAUCGCAACGCUAUCAGGCCAUUCGAUCUUGGACAAGUGGGAGUCGCCAGAGUGGCACUGCAAGGAUGGCUCCGUGUCUUGGUCACGGUACUGCAACCUCAUCGGAGUGACGGCGCUUCUCCGGAUGCAAACACUUUUUAUGCGACCAACGCUUGCCAUCGACAGUUCGUCUUGCCCAAAGGCAGUAAAUUUCAUGGCGGCAGAGAUCCCCUCAGCAAGAUAUCAUGAAAGACUCCACGCCGAAGGAUCUGGACUUCACGCCCCGUUCUUUCUACAGUCGCUUGUCCCGGACCUUCCCCGUUCGUCUUGAUCCUCCGGUUGCCAAAGCAGUAGAACCAUGAUAAUGGAUGCAGCCGCCGCAAAUGUUCUCUGGCUCCCGAAUCAGAGUAGAAAUCGCAUCCCGAUUGCGCAAUACGAAUCUCGACCAGAGUCUAUCAUACAAGGCCAAGGACGCAAGGAUGCAGUCUGUUCCAACGGUUGGAUUCAUCUGUAGGUGUGGAUGGUUCCCAGCAGACACUGAAUGCUCGUCGCGACGAAUACGGCUUCCGUCAAGGGAUCCUGGUGGUCCUGCCGGUGCAUUCAGCUGCGAUGAAGAUUAUCUCCAGAGGCUAUUCUUGGAGCAGCAAUUUCCGUCCAAAUUAUCAUCUAUCGUGGCUGGUACAACAACUCACAGGCGUGAAAGCGAUGAUGUUGCUGCUCGGUGACGGCAACGAGAUCUUGAACGCGAGUCAGUUUUUGAAGCGUAUUCUCCGAAGAGUGUUCGACAGGAGCAUCAACGUCGAACGCCCACUUAGGAUGGGCACCAGGUCUCUUGAGCUGGGAGGCAUGAUAGUCGUUCGCAUGUUGGAAGGAGACGUAUGGGGAGCUGCGACGUACUGGAUUCCCAGGUUAUCCAUGUCAUCGACUGCUUCCGACUGCUGCUAUCCAAAAGUGCUCAGGGCAUCGACGAACGAGGAGCAAAAACGGGUGCUCGCAAAGCGGAAGCUUCGUGGACGGGGUGCCAUGCUGGUCCACUGGAAUACGAGGCGAAAACUUCGGCUUUCGAGUCCGUGCAUGCAACUGUUCAAAAUGAAAGACGUCGGACGAUCUGCCGUAGUGCAUCACAAAGCACAAUAAGUUGUAAAUCGUGCCCCCCUCAAUUUCCAUCACCUUCGACAGACUCUCGCAUUCUCCGACCUACUCGCCCAAAAGACGCUGUUUUGUCACAGGACCGGGUCCUUUCGAUGAUGUCAGCAGCGCUGGAACAAGGAUUUCGUAAGGAGAGAGGAUAUCGGACUUCACCACUGCGAGCUCAACCCAUUCUGGCCCACACUGGCGGAGUAACGGUCAAGUCUCUUGUCUCAAUACAAUCUCAUCAUGCGAAGAUCGAGACGGGCUCCACGCCGCCAAUCCUCCGGUAGUCAUGCGUCGUUGGCUGAGUUAUCGAGUGAUGCGGACCCACAAUCUCCCACCCCCACUGUAGCCUCCUAUCCUACCCGGAAACCAGCAGUGCGUCGAGUCUACCACCCCGAUGCACCGAUAAAUCGGUCUGAAUGGGCGAUGUGGGUCGGAAACAUCCCCAAAUCUGCCGAUGAAACCGAUAUUCGCAAAUUUUUUACUCAAGUCGACGAUCAUGGCGUUCUGUCGAUCGUCCUGCUCUCCAAAUCCAGCUGCGCAUUCGUGAAUCUUGCGAGCGAGGCCCAUUUGCAUGCUGCGAUCGAGUAUGGAAACGGACAGUAUCUGCGCCCAGAGUGGUCCUGGGGCUCCUCGCUCGUGUGCCGCAUUCGCAGUCUCGACGAUGAUCUCUGGACUGGAGUCGGUGGGCAACGAGGGAUGGGAUUACAUCGGCAGUGGGUCAAGGACCGUUCGGUACCCGGCGUGGACUCGGAGUCGAUGGAAAUUUCCGAAGAAGACUUGAGCGGUGCAGCUUCUGACACGUCGACGACAUCUAGCUUCUUCCAAAUGCACUUUAAACGGCGUUUUUUCGUGCUCAAGUCGCAGACGAAAGAAGAACUCGAUCGGUGUGCUGCCGAUGGGGUGUGGUAUAUCCAAAUGCACAACCAGGUGGUGCUCGAUAAAGCCUUCCGCACCUCUGAGGAGGUCAUCUUGUUUUUCAGCGAGAACAAAAGUGGUCGAUUCUACGGCUAUGCCCGAAUGAGCAGCCGAGUGCUCUCCACGGCUUUCCCCAAGGCUCCUCGAAUGCUGCCGAACCCAGCCGCGUACGAAACAUCACCAAGGCUUACAGACACAGCUCUAUCGCCGUAUCCUUCACCAUUUGGCAUCACUCAAUCGGCACCGAAUGUGUUGAUGUCUUCCCCGUCGACCUUCGACCAGCGUUAUCGGGCAGGAAACAUGCACCGCCGAAGCAUCAGUCUGGACCAAUUUUCCCCACGCAGGAUUGGGGACCCUGAAAGAUCAACGCAGCCGAUCAAUCGACCGGAGCUGGGCAGUGCCCUGAGGCCUGAAAGUUCGACUCGAGGCCAGCAGCUGGGAUCUGAUCUCAGCGGGCAGUUUACCGUCGACUGGUUGUGCCUCGAGCCUCUGCCUUUCAAGAGGACGCGCAACAUCUUCAAUCCAUGGAAUCGGGGCCGCGAAAUCAAGAUCUCGCGAGAUGGAACUGAACUCGAGCCAGGUGCUGGUUCGGCGCUCAUUCAUGCAUGGCACGCGUCCAGGAGUCAGUGAGCGUCGUGCUGUUCUCUGUAUUUGUUACUGUAUACCUCCUCACAUACAUACUUUAUCUAUUGUACUUAUGCGUUCACACUUUUCUGCACAGUCUAUCAUAUCCGGCGAUCCCUCUUCGCUGUGAUAUCAUUUCAUACUAUACAGCAUCCAUGUCACAAGACACUCCUUAUAUUUCAUAUCAUGUCACGGUACUUUCAGCCAGCGACGAGCAGCAGGAGAGAUCAGUUGCAGAGUUAGGAGGCUCUCGCAUGCAGUAUAUUCGACGGAGUAGAUCGACGGUUUCGAUUCUGAAUCCGAUUCGUCCACCCAUCCAGAUAUGAGGUUCGAAAGUGACCAUGUUCGUUCCGCCGUUAAAUUUCAAAGAGAAACGGGCGAUGUCGUUGCGAAAAAUUGUGGUCUCCAAAAUCCAACUGUCUUCAUAGACACGAGGCCAUUCGAAACCCAGUCUGCUUGGAUUUGAGCUUCUCUCCCGCGUACUCGUUUACCAGUGCAUACAUCGUCGGUUCCGAUUUUCCCAUAGACAAGCCUCAAGAUAUGAAUCAGUCUCCACAAGUGCUCACUCGAACCCGUGGCAGAGAUUUGCAGGCUGGUGUAUUGAGGUGCUGGCCUUGCGUACUAUGUAUAGAAUGUUUAUCAGUGAAAUCACAUGUCGUCGCGGAAAGUUCGCACGUGAUCGCUGUGAUAUCCGUAGACUAAGAAAAUUUCUGAGACUAGGUCGUGAGCAGUCAGCCCGGCAAGGCACGGCUCAACGGAUCAUGUUCGGAUACGCUCUCUUGUCUUUGUGGAGAAUGAGACCUGAGGAUGAAAAUCAAUGCCAACUAUCAUGUCACCUAUCAUCGAUGUCUUUGCAACUUACAGAAACUUGUGCGGCAGAGCACAGCAAAGCACGAGAUUGUACAUUGCGAAGCUCGAGAGGAUGCGAAGCGAGAUGCAGAGUCGACGUCAGUCAUGCGUCAUCAGUAACAAUGCCGGAAAGCGUAGCAAACGCCGUUCCCCAGCUGAGAAACGUGAUUCCGUCCUGAGCGCUUGCCAGUUUACGAUGUUGGCGGGCCUGUGUGUGAAUUUUCGUCUUGAGCGACGACAUCCAGGAAACUUGCAACUCGGUCGUUUGAGAGUCUCAUUGCCGAGUGCUUGGAGCUCUUCGAGAGCCCACCUGAACGCGAGUGGCAUGGAUGUGCGCCCAGGAUUCGAGGGAAGCGCGCUGACACCCAGGAAAGUGACGGCACCGGUGACUGCUCAGUGGAGAUCGAUACGGGCAACGGAAAAGCAGGAGUUUUGCUUAUGUAAAU